AUGCACUUGACAUGUCCGUUCCCAGGUUCGGCAGCCCAGUCGCGCUCCGUCUCCGGCAACAUGGACCAAAGGGAGAUUCUGCUGCAAAACCUGGAAAGGGCCCAAGGCAAGAAGCUCAACCGAGAAGAGUUUGUGGACGAGUUUUUGAAGCUGAAAAGGCAGUCAACAAAGUACAGAGCGGAUAAAAUCUACCCUACAGCAGCAUCUGAGCAACCAGAGAACAUCAAGAAGAACAGAUACAAGGACAUCUUACCCUUUGACCACAGCAGAGUGGAGUUGUCCCUGAUGAUGUCUGAUGAAGAUUCUCAUUACAUCAAUGCCAACUUCAUCAAGGGCGUCUAUGGGCCAAGAGCAUACAUUGCAACCCAGGGUCCUCUCCCCACUACUGUCAUUGACUUUUGGAGGAUGAUUUGGGAGUAUGAAGUCCUGAUUGUGGUCAUGGCUUGUAUGGAGUUUGAAAUGGGAAAGAAGAAAUGUGAGCGGUACUGGGCAGAGGUGGACGUCUCUCCCCUGCAGUGUGGUCCUUUCUCCAUCGCCUGUGAAGCUGAAGAGAAGAAAAAUGAGUAUGUGAUUAGGACUUUAAAGGUGACCCUGAAUGAGCAACCCUGCUGUGACUGUCAUUGCAGUGCUGGCUGUGGGAGAACAGGAGUCAUCUGUGCGAUCGACUACACCCAGAAGCUGCUGAAGGACGGAAUCAUUCCAGUGAACUUCAGUAUUUUUAGUCUGAUCCAGGAGAUGCGCACACAAAGGCCUUCCAUAGUGCAGACCAAGGAGCAGUAUGAGCUGGUUUAUGAUGCCGUGAUUGAGCUCUUCAAAAGGCAGAUUAAUGCACUUGAAGCCCAGGAAGAUUCUGCUGCUUCACAGGUACAAGCGAGGCAUCCCGUAGCCAAGCCACUUCUGACUCCAGUGGAAGAUAUUUAUUCUCUGAGAUUACUAACCUGCUCAGAGCAGGAGGAACAGGAUGUGCAUCAACGCCUUCCUCCGGUGGUACAAAGCAAAGCGUCCCCAACCUUGUCUGCCGCGGGAGCACAUGACAGCUCUGGAUGUGGAGUCCCUCCCAUCAGACAGGCCAUCUCCUUCGGCACUUUGAACUUCAUCAACUGCAGAAAGGCAGCUGCAGCUGAUAGGUGGGGUGCUGGGGACGUUCUUCAGAAACACCGCAGUUUGGAGUUCACCAGCGUCUCUCCUGAGCGGCUGCUCCUGAACCUGGAACCGAAGGGCGCAGGCAGGAGAGGGGCUGGUGGCAGAGCAGCUCUGACACGGACUGCAUCGACGCCUUUUGUGCUGGCGCAGCAGGGAGCAGGCUGGGGAUGGGAUGGAGGGGAUGAAGAGCCCGUUUUGAGUUCACAGUUGCCAACUGCCUGUUACUCAAGCUUUCAGGUGAAGAAGCAGGACAGAUCUUCUCCUGUUGAGCCGAACCACUUAAGCCGAGACACGGGCGGCCCCCCGAGCCUCAGGAACCGUGGGCAAUGUCCUUACCCUUACUUCUGCUCAGCAGAAGACCCCUACUUCUCUUCGCUUUCUCCAGAUGAGCCCGAGCCCCCGGUGUUUGCCGAGUGCCUUGUGGAGGGGCAGGAUGAUCUUCUCCCCUCUUGUGCUGCGAGUGCCCCGCUGCAGCCUGCCAUGGCCAGCUCCCCACUGCCCAGGCCUGUGUCCCACCACACUCCCCUGCUGAAUGACGAGAGGAUCUCCUCCCCGAGUAACCUGUCCGUGUCUCCCCAAUUAGCCACCCUGCCACAGCCAGAUGAUGAUGAUCCUCCGCCCCUGCCUGAGCGAACCCCCGAGUCCUUUAUCGUGGACAGUGAAUCUGGACAGUUUCCUCUGGCCACUUCUGAUUUUCAGCUUCCAACCAGAAACACAAAUAUUGGAACCUCUUUGGAGUGGAGCGGUGAGUCUCACUCAGAGGUGUUUAACAACUCAGUGAGACUGAGGCCAUGUAAGAGUGUGAAGCUUCGGAGCCCGCAAACAGAGACAAGCCGGGAUCGCUCUAACUCUCCUCCCCCGCUUCCUGAAAGAACACCAGAGUCAUUUGUUCUUGCUGAUGCAGCAAGUCUGCAGCCUGCUGCAAGAAAUUCUGUGACGAGUCCUCAGGGCUUGGAGAACAACGCUUCCAAAGAGCCUUCGAAAGAGACUAUGAAAUGCUUCAGGAGAAGCAAGAGCUUGAAAAUAUUGAAAAAUGUGAGAAAGAGCAUCUGUACUCCAUCUUCACUGACAAAACCAUCCGAAUCUGCCCCGUCAAACCAUUCCAGAUCUUUCCUUAACUUUGGCUUUGCACAUCGAUUUUCAAAACCUAAAGGACCAAGAAACCCACCACCAGCAUGGAACAUUUAG